AUGGAUGAAAAUCCGUAUAUUGAGUUAAAAACCUUGCUAUUAGCGGAUGUUACUGACAACGAAGCAACCUUUGCACUAAAUCGAUACAUCCAAAACCCUAAUUGUUUAGAAUUAUUUGAUUUAUUCCUUGAAGAAGGUUCACAAAGAGAUGAUAUUUAUUUCAAAACACUUCAAUCAAUUAAUGUGUUAUUAAGCAAGCGAGGGUGCCUUGUUCCAGUCGAAAAACUUCAAAGGCACACCGAAAUUCUUUCAAACUUUUUAGUAAGGGAAACAACAAAUGCCGCGAAAGAGCAAAAUUCUCACAGAGAAUUAUCAUUAGUACUUGCUACUUCAUACCGAGUUUUGCUUGAACAGUCAAGUUCCGAACAACUUCAAUUUCUUCACCAAAUUUUGUCACAAGGAAACAGAAUUCAAAAGCGUAUCGCAUUAAAUACACUUCGAGAAUUAGUAUCCAACAUAAAAACAGAGCAAUUUCAACUUACAGAUCAAAAAUACAUCGAAUUCAGAGUAAAGUUCCAAAAAACAUAUCUUGCGUCCUUCUUCCAAGCAGCUGUUCCAUUUCUCGACCAGCCAGAUGACGAUCUUUGCACACAUCCCGGUGUAAAACUUUUAUAUGAAUGUUUAUUCUACAACUGUCGCCAAGAAGACAUGCUUCAAUACAGAUUCACUGUUCCUGACGAUUGGGUUGAUUUCUACCAAGAUCCGAUGUUCCCACAAAAGUUAUUUGCGAUUUUCAAUUACGGCAACUCCAAAGCCAUUGAAAAGAUGAACAACAACGAUAACUCCCCAGAAAAGAUCGAACUAGAGAAUAUGGCAAAAGAUUCUCUCGAUACUUUGUUAUUAUUCUGUUCCGCGGUUGAUUCCACUUGGAAGGCCAUUGACAAGCACAUGGACUUCAUUAAGUCAAUUGCAGGCAGUAUCAUUGAGAUUUUCGAAACAGGAAUGCAAAUAAUCCCUCCAGUAAAUCUUGCCUUAUCCAGAUUGAUUUGUAAGAUUGGUUUGGUCCUCCCGAUCCAGCACUUCAUGAGUACAACAGAAUUAGCCCAACCUUUCUUCGCAAAUGUCCAAAAUUACACUUUGGCCCAAUUUCAGAACCAAACCUUCAAAGAAGAUGACAUGAACAAGAUAUGUGGUUAUCUCUUGAACUUCUGGGGAAGGGCCUCGUCCGUCUAUUCCGUAAAUCCUCCGAAAAUGGGAGAUUUAUCUGGAAUUUUCAUCGAUAUCUUCAAGAAUUACGUUGAUUCAUUCCUUACUGGAAUCAUUACGAGUAAUGAGGCCAACGAAUAUAUCUCAAAAACUGACUUUUUGACAAAUUUCGAAUUUCUUUGGAAUGUUGCGGCCAUUGAUACAGAAUCAUGCAUCAACUUCUUGAAUGAGAAGAUCUACGAGUGUAUCAACUUCAUUUCCCAAGAAAAUUCCGUAAGAGAAUGCUUAUUAAGACUUGCUUCAAUUAUUUUGAUGAUUUCGAGCAGAUUCUCAGCCAGACCAUACGGAUACAGCCGUUCCAUGUCAAACGAAACAAUUUCGAACCUCGCAACCCUUACUCAGUCCAUAUUUAACAUAAUGGGAGCGACUGCAGGCAUAAUGGAAGGUCUAGUUCAGAAUUACAGACCGGAGAUCAGUACUAUGGAGAUUGCUUUGGUCAAUUUCGCAAACGCAUUCAAGAGAGACAUGUUUACAACAGAUAGAGAUAAUAUCUCAAAAAUUUAUGAGGCCAUGCAACUUCCUAAUGGUCGCAAAGUCGCUUUUGAUAACUUUGUUACACGUUUCAUCAAUGAUUUGAUCAUUUUCAACGGUCAAACUGAUUUAAUCAAAAGAAUCUUACAAUAUAUCGAUGAUAUGACAAAUGUAUCAUGCGUAAAGGCCGUGCAUGAGCUUUCCAAUACAAAUGAGAACAUUAUUAAGCUCAUUACAAGGCAAACUUUUAUUUCUAUCCAAGCUGACGAACCAAAGGCCUACAAGAAGCUUACAACCAUGCUAAAUACAAUAUACGGACGUAAUAUCAAGUCCACAGAAGCUCUGAAUCUGUUUUUGGACCACUUUGAUGAGAAAUUUAAAAUAAUAAGCCAAUCAGGGUUCGAAGACAGAUACGAAGUACUCACAAUAUUCUGUGAGAUCAGAGGAUUGCUCAAAGGUAUCCAAGUUUCGGAGUUUUUGUACGUAGCAAAAAGAUAUAUGAAUAAUUACGUCGAAUACGCCUUGGAAUGCCUUGCAAAAUACGCUGCAAUGUCUGAUGAUGACAUAGAAGCUGACGUUAUCUUCAAAGCCAUUGUAUUAUCUUGGUUAUACAUCGCAUCCAACAAAGGAAUGAAGAUUGUCAUACCUACGAGGAGCGCUGAUGGCAUAAGGAUCUUCACUCAUACACUCCGAUUCGUCGAAACCAUCAUAAACUGCUCUCCUGAAAAUUCUCCUCGUAAACUCAGCGCUUUCAGGGUUAUCCAUGCAUCUUUGAGCCAGUCUUAUGUCAAUUUUGGCGUAAUGAACUACUUCAAAGAUGAAAAUCCUGAGAGAAUGCUCGGAAUUUACUUUGAUUUGUUAAUUUGCGUAUUGGGGAACAAUUUGGAUCAAGAUCCACUAACAGAUGAAAAAUGUCUUAACGCUAUUGUAGCAAGUAUUACUUGUAUAGCGAGUAUCUUCCCUGUUUUUAUUAUUUCGGAACCAGAACUGUUCCAAGCGGCCUUGAAGUUCUUAAAGAGGGCUCUCAAAGCUAAGGAGCUUCCAAAUAUCUGGAAGGAGUGCUGCAGAGCCAUUUUCAAGUUAAUUGUUGCCGUUUUGACUAAUAACCCUGAAAAUAACGGAGCAACAGGUAAAGUCGAUGCAGCAUGGCUAUUCGAAUGUCUGAUUAAGCAUUUUGUGUUGAUUUUAGACACAAUUUUGCAACAAACGAAAUCUUCAUCAGAUGAAGCUGCUCCUCCACUCUUCUUGAUUAUUAAAUACGCUCCUGACCAAUGCCAGGAAAUCUUUAGAAUUGUAAUUGAAGCAUUUGGAGAUAAUGCACCUCAAGUGGCCCAAAUCUUCGAAAGAUUGCAAGAAUUGGUCGUUCAAUCUGAUAAUGUUCUCGAUGCUCCUCCGGCAUUCAAGAACGCUUUGCCCAAGUUUAAGACGGAAAUGUCAAGAUUCCCAAUUUCUAUUUUGAAUUUGUUUGAAAAACGCAAACAAUAA